UACAGGCCUAUAAACAGCAUUGCAGUUAGAGUGUAAGGGUGGAGUGAUUCAAAAUGGAUUGUCUCAUGUCUGUUAGCCCUGCUUGUAUCUCUUUAGUUUUGACCAUGUUUCUUUUAUCAAGUUUACAUAUUGGAACGGUUAAGGUCAUUGGCGUACUGGUCAGCGAUAUGUCCAAUUCACUUCAGACAACUUCUGCAGAAAUGGGUAUAGAAAUUGGACUCAUCAUUGCGUUUUAUUUCCUAACAGCCCCAGUAAUUGGAGUCGUCAACACCCGAUGGAAUCAAAUUAGGUUGUUUCUGUUGAUAGGCGCCAUGCUGAAGUCCUGUGCCGUUGUACUUAUGGCAUUUGUAACUACAAACGCAGUAGCAUUCAUCUUGUUUGCUCUUAUGGGAAUCGGAACCAGCAUCAUGUGGAUGACUUGCUUAAAGGAGUUAAAUAGACUUGCUGGUGAAAACUUCAAGCUUCUGUACUCCUUAUCGACGUGUGGAUACCCAGUCGGUAUGACCCUCGUACCUCUCCUAGCCACAGGGCUGCUUGAUGUCUACAGUUGGCGGGACGUUCUACUAUUCCUCGGCGCACUUACCACGCAUCUAAUACCAUGUGGUAUGACCAUCAAGGCGUCCAUGGAUCCAAGAGACCAUGCGCAAUACGAUGGUGGUGAUGGAAGAAGUCAAUCGGACAUUACGUCAGAGAUGGGACUCUAUCAAAGAGUCCAUGGUUCAGAAGAUCGAUUCGAUCAAGACUCAGUACCAAGGUUGGAUAAUGAUAAUAAUGAUUCUGAAAACGGCGACACCCACAAGGAAGUUCAUCAGCAUGAUCAGUGUUCUCAAACGAAGCAAGAUCUCACGCGCAGGGACCUUAAAAUAACACCGAUCGAUGACGACGACCAUGAUGAUGAACCAUCUACAAAGUGCAGUAACCUUCAAAGUAAUGGUUUAACAAGAAAAUUAGUUGAGGGGUGGAGAAGCACGGAGUUUUACUCCAACCCACUUUUAGUUUUUGUCAUUCUCUCUUAUUGCAUGCUAGAGUUCAUUUACACCGGCUGGCAUGCUUUCCUUUUACCAAAAGCACUCCAAAGAACGUCAGAACGAAACACAGUUUUCAUAGCCUUAAGUGCGGCUAUCGGAAAUCUUUCUGGAAGGAUAUCAUCCGGUGUUUUAACCAACAGGCUCUUUGAUCCUACCAACAUGUACCUAAUAUUGUCGGUUAUUAACGUUGCUUCCAUGGCAUGUGAUGGCUUCCUAUCUUAUUACUUCGUUUCGCUAAUGAUGUCAUGUUUUAGUGGUCUUUCAAUCGCGGGAAGGGCCGUUCUAGGACCACUUGUUAUAAAGAGCACUGUUUCAAACGAAAACGUUCCGUUGAUCAUCGGAGUUAUGUAUUUUGUUUCUGGCUUGGGUGCUUUCCUUGGUGGCUACUCAGCAGGAUUGAUUGCCGACUGUUUGUCGUCAUAUGAUGCGACCUUCAAGAUUCUUGCAAUUGUUGACAUGUUAACCUUCAUCUUCAUGGCUGUACCUAAAAUAUUUGGUAGAAACCUAUCGACCGGUAAAGUGUAGUAACAAUCAAUCAAAUGACGUCGUUGUAGGUUAGAGCUCCUUUUAGAGCAUGGACCUACUCCUCUGUAUGUGGAUCGCGAAAUUAUUUUUCCGGACCCCAAUAUGAACAUUCAUGACUUGCGUCGAUUCAGAAUAAGAGUAAGCAGAUCAUAAUGCCUACAUAAUGGGAUCGACAGCGCGUCAUAUAUUAUCUGAAAAAGCUAAAAACCAGGGCCC